AUGAACGCGGCGUGGAAGCUGCUUCUUUCUGUUUCCUCACUCACGAGCAUUAGCGCUCCCGUGUACAGCGGGGUUGUACAAUUUAUGCUCUCUCAGCUGCAGCACCACAUCUUUUCCCACGACUGGUCCGACGGGAAAAAGAUAAAGGUAGCUUCUUUUGUCGCCUCGCACGUGGUUUCAGCAGUGCGAGCGCAUCCUUCCUUUGCCACUCGAGACGAGAGUCUGGUUGAGACGAUUGUGGGGCUUCAUGUGAUUGUCUGCCUGACAGUUGCAACGAGUGAGCACACCGAGGCGGCGCGGCAGCUGCAUCAGAGCAUCGUUGUCCGCCUGCUGGCCAUUUUAGAGGCGAUGGGGUCUUUCUGUUCCGCGGUGUCCCCGCUCCCCGUAGAGGUGCAUUUGAGAUUGCUCCUACAAUGUCUGGCUGACCCACCUCCGGAUGCGACGGCGGAGUUGCCGUCGGCAUCAGUUGCUGCCGGCUCUUCUGUAGCGGCAUUUGCUGCAAUGUUGGCUGCGACACGCUCUUUCCAGGCUUGCGACGGGGCAUAUGUGGAGCAGGUACUGGCUGCCUUCCUCCUGUGGCUGCCAGAUAUGCCACUUGUGCUAGCUGAGGGGACAAACCUGGGGGAGGCGGCAGAAGCCGCAGCAACGCCACCGAUGACAACAGCGGGGUUAUGUGACAAGGAUGUUGGCGCAGUUUUGUGCCAUCGAGUGGUGCGACACGCACGGAAUCUUCCACGUGCCGUGUUCUUUGUGGAGCGCGGCAGAGAGGAGGCCGCCGCGUCCGCAGGUGAGGUGAACCUCAGCACGCAGCUGCUGCUGCUCCUACGAAAACUUGCGUGCCGAGCUGUGGAUGCCGUACGCUGUGCAGUGGGGUGCGGGCAGGAGGAUGGGUUGUCAAGUUGUGGUUCGCUGCUGCGUUGCCGUGUGUUUGGUCUGCUCAUGACGGCGCUGCUUGUCCCAAAUGACACCAGUGCCGCGUGUGUUCUGCUGGUGUGGGAGGCAGUGCUCAACCGGCUAUCCAACACCGAUAGGGAGGGACUUGCUGUGGAGUUGCUGCAGCUUGGUGACGAGCAGCUCCGCGCCCUGCAGUGGCUUCCAGAAGAAUCACGCGACAGGGCGAUCUUCUUGCGACGUCUGCUGAACGCCUUGGCGGCGCUUCUGGCGGAAGUCUGCAGACGGAUGCGGUGUCCACCAAAAUUACUUUUUGAAGCAUUUUCAGAAACCACAGCGAUGCAGCGCCCCACAUCCAACUCAAUUUCAUUUUGUGCUUUGGCGGAUAUACUCUACCGUCAGUCAUGCGUUUAUCAGUGGUGGAACGAGCCGUCGAACGCCGACAGGGAGGCACCAGGCGGCACGGAGGAGGCGGCAAAGAGUCUUCAAGACGAGCUCCAGGAUGCUCUCGUGGAUUGGAAGCAUCACGCAUCUUUGCGAACCAACCGUGACGGUGCAGCUCGACUAUGCGUAACACUUGCCUCUGCCCCUGGGAGAGUGAAUGACAUCCUUGAGCGAGUGACGUCGCCGAAUAGCAUUACGGCCGUCUUGCUGAGCGCCACACGAGUUCUUCAACACGUCACAGAGGAGGCGAGCACCCCUCAUGCCGUCUGCAUAUGCGCGCGUUUUGUGGCGGCGGAGCUCAUUGCGUUGACCGGGACUGUCCUCUCUGAGGACCCUACCUUUUUGGCGUGCAUACGCCGUCUUGUAGACAUCAGUUUUGCUCUAACCGAUGACGGAAAAGAGGCUCGGGUAGAUGGGAUGCUGCGGUGUCACGCUGCUGUAUGUCUCCGCAACUUUGCACAAUGCAAUACGGUGGUGCCGUUAGGCAAACUUCGGCUGUCGGAGGCAGUGACGACCGCACUGAGGACGCUACUCCAGGGAGUUGCCGUUGCGGACGCCGAUGUCAGCCUGUGUGAUUGUGGAAGUCCGUUGGCUUAUCGCGUGGCGGAGUGGCAGCGUUGCCUGUCACGCUGCGUUCCGACAACAGCGAGCAGUCAGUCUACGGGCUUUUUUGUUGACUCUGCGCCAGACGCCUCUUUCAGUUCUUCACAGAGUGGGGUUGGCGGCCACGAGGGUCGGUUUAUUACGUCGCUGCGGCGCAGCGAGGAGACGAUGCGGUCGGUUUUGCAGUGGCUGAAGGCGGGGCGUGCUUUGCAGCCGUCCGAGGAAGAAACACUUGUGCGGCUGGAGCAGCUUGCGUGCGCCGCGGCGAACAUGACACACCAUACACUCAGAAGCAAUGGGGGUGUGAUCAGCUCGUCGGCUGAGUUAGGGGCGGAGGCGACGCAGGCGACAGGGUUUAGCCCAGAGAUAAUCCAUGUGGAUUAA